GGGGCCAAGAUGGCGAGCCCCAGAGAGGUUAGGAUCCCGUGUGUAGGGCAAUCGAGGGUGUGAUGAAGGCGGAAGGGCGGCGACUUCUGUGCCGUAGGUGGGACGUGGUGGAGGGUGGCCGGGCACCAGCUAUCAAGAGUCAGAGAGUGCCCUGCAGUGGAGCUUGCGGCCUCGCAGCUGAAGAACGGAGAGAGAAGGUGCUGGCUGGGUGAAGCUGCGGCUCUCUGCCUGGCAGGGCUUGAGGGGCCCAGAGUCCAAGGCGUCCCUAGUCACCCCGGUGUGCGCGGGGUCCCAGGUCUGGAGACAUGACCCGAGAGCGCGCUUCCCCGGCCCCGGAGACCGGAGCUUCGCUGAGCGGGUCGCUGCUGGCAGAGGCGGCGGUGGUGUUUGCAGUGGUGCUGAGCAUUCACGCAUCCGUGUUGGACCGAUACUCGUGGUGCGCCGUGGCCCUCGCAGUGCAGGCCUUCUAUGUUCAAUACAAGUGGGACCGGCUGCUGCAGCAGGGAAGCGCCGUCUUCCAAUUCCGGAUGUCCGCAAACAGUGGCCUCCUGCCCGCUGCGAUGGUCAUGCCUUUGCUCGGACUGGUCAUGAAGGAGCGCUGCCAGGCUGCUGGAAACCCAUACUUCGAGCGCUUUGGAAUCGUGGUGGCAGCCACUGGCAUGGCAGUGGCCCUCUUCUCGUCAGUUUUGGCACUGGGCAUCACGCGCCCGGUGCCCACCAACACUUGUGUCAUCUCAGGCUUAGCCGGAUGUGUCAUCACUUAUAUCAUGAAGCACUCACUGAGUGUGGGUGAGGUCAUCGAGGUCCUGGAGGUCCUGCUGAUCUUCGUCUACCUCAACAUGAUCCUGCUCUACCUGCUACCCCGUUGCUUCACUCCUGGGGAGGCACUGCUCGUGCUGGGUGGCAUCAGCUUCAUGCUUAACCAGCUCAUCAAGCGCUCCCUUACUGUGGUGGAAAGCCAGGGGGACCCAGUGGACUUCCUCCUGCUGGUGGUCGUGAUAGUGAUGGUCCUCAUGGGCAUCUUCUUCAGCACCCUCUUUGUCUUCAUGGACUCAGGUACCUGGGCCUCCUCCAUCUUCUUCCACCUUAUGACCUGUGUGCUGGGCCUUGGCGUGGUUCUGCCCUGGCUGCACCGGCUCAUCCGCAGGAACCCCCUGCUCUGGCUUCUUCAGUUUCUCUUCCGGACAGAAACCCGAGUCUACCUCCUAGCCUACUGGUCUCUGCUGGCCACCUUUGCCUGCCUCGUGGUGCUGUACCAGAAUGCCAGACGGUCAUCUUCGGAAUCCAAGAAGCACCAGGCCCCCACCAUUACCCGGAAGUAUUUCCACUUCAUUGUGGUAGCCACCUACGUCCCAGGUAUCAUCUUUGACCGACCACUGCUCUACGUGGCCGCCACUGUAUGUCUGGCUGUCUUCAUCUUCCUAGAGUAUGUGCGCUAUUUCCGCAUUAAACCCCUGGGCCACACUCUGCGGAGCCUCCUGUCCCUCUUCCUGGACGAACGAGACAGCGGACCGCUCAUCCUGACACACAUCUACCUGCUCCUGGGCAUGUCCCUUCCCAUUUGGCUGAUACCCAGGCCCUGUACACAGAAGGGUAGUCUCGGGGGAGCAAGGGCUCUAGUCCCCUAUGCCGGAGUCCUGUCCGUGGGCGUGGGUGACACGGUGGCCUCCAUCUUUGGCAGCACCAUGGGGGAGAUCCGCUGGCCUGGAACCAAAAAGACUUUUGAGGGGACCAUGACAUCUAUAUUUGCCCAGAUCAUUUCUGUAGCUCUGAUCUUAAUCUUUGACAGUGAAGUGGACCUAAACCACAGUUAUGCUUGGAUUUUGGGGUCCAUCAGCGUGGUGUCCCUCCUGGAAGCAUACACUACACAGAUAGACAACCUCCUCUUGCCUCUCUACCUCCUGAUACUGCUGAUGGCCUAGCUGUUGUGCGGCAGCAAUGGAGACAACAGGGAUAUGGGGAGGAUGGAUGGUCCCCGCAGCAGCCAGUUCCUUGGGCACGAAGAGCCAAGGGGUGAGAAGCAGAUUUGAUUUUCCAGUCGAUUCAUAAUCAGAAUAAAAAUUAAAGCCCUC